CCAUGACACAAAAUCACUGGUAAAGUAAACAAGCAAAAAUAAAAGAAGGAAACUGAGCAUCAUUUAUGGCCUCUCAUUCUCCCAAGAGAAAAGGCCCUUAUCUUAAUGCAGUCUCCCUCCUCCUUCUCAUCUCCUUCAUCAACCCUUCACACCAAGCUGAACACCCUUUUUCACCUCUUCCCCCUCUAAAUCCAAGGCUCUCCAAAGCCUACACAGCACUCCAAGCAUGGAAACACAAAAUCACAUCAGACCCCAAAAACUUCACCUUAAACUGGUGUGGCCCCAAUGUUUGCAACUACACUGGCAUAUACUGUGCACCUGCCCCAGAUGACCCUCACAUCUACACUGUUGCUGGGGUUGACCUAAACCAUGCCUCCAUAUCUGGUUCGUUGCCAGAAGAACUUGGCCUCUUAACUGACCUAGCACUUUUCCACAUAAACUCCAACCGCUUCUGUGGUUCCCUCCCCAACAGCUUCGACCACCUAAAUCUCCUCCAUGAACUAGACAUAAGCAACAACCAAUUCUCAGGACCCUUCCCCGAUGUUCUUCUCUGCAUCUCCUCGUUAAAAUACUUGGACAUCAGAUUCAAUAACUUCUACGGCAACAUUCCCUCGCGCCUCUUCGAUCUCAAACUCGAUGCCCUUUUCAUCAACAACAACAACUUCAAAUUCUCCCUGCCUGAGACCUUCGGCAACAGUCCUGCUUCUGUUGUUGUGUUUGCAAACAAUGACCUCAAUGGGUGUCUCCCUUCGAGUUUGGCCAAAAUGAACGCUACCCUUAACGAGAUUAUCAUCACCAACAGUGGUUUAACGGGCUGUUUGCCUAGUGAGAUAGGGGAUUUGAACAAAGUGACCGUGUUUGAUGUGAGCUUCAACAAGCUUGUUGGAGAUUUGCCCCAGUCCUUGGGGAAAAUGAAGAGGUUGGAGCAGUUGAAUGUGGCGCAUAACAUGCUUUCUGGCACCAUUCCUGAGAGUGUGUGCAUGUUGCCGAGGUUGGAGAAUUUCACGUACUCGUACAACUACUUCUGCAGUGAGUCACCGGUGUGUCUCAAGUUGAAGGAUAAGGAUGAUACCAAGAACUGCAUUCCUUAUAGGCCAUUGCAAAGGUCACCCGAUGAGUGUGCAGCUUUCUACAAAUAUCCUGUUCAUUGCAGUGCCUUUGGUUGUGUAUCUCCAUCGCCGCCGCCGCCACCACCUCCUCCUCCUCCACCACCACCACCGCCGCCGCCUCCACCACCGGAAAAAUACCACCACUAUCCCUGAUGAGCCGCGGAGAAGUAAAAGUUUGCAUUGUUUAAUUUACUUUCUUUUUUUUUUGGAGAUUGAAAUACAUAUUAGCUCGGUGAAUAUAAUUACAGAUAGUUUUCAUUUUUGGUCAUACGUUUACCUUGUACAAAUAAAAAAAAAGUGUGGAAAUUAGCUAUGUAUUUCCACUAUUUAUUUUGAAACUGGUUUGAUUUGGUUUGAGAACAUUUGGGUCGUGACUUAUAAUGUUCUAUGUAGCAUUAACGAAAAUAUAACCUCUGUUUUUAUUUUUUAUUUUUAUUUUUAUAGAAAAGCAGCCAUCAGCAAUAGUGGCUUUCCCAUGUAAGUGGAAUUCUAUUGUUACCUUUUCAUGUGUGGUAGUUGCUGUAAUAACAAAUAUAAAGGGAAAAUUUUGUUGAAAACAAUCGAGAGGGGAUAUUCGUGAUUGUGAUCUCCAAAGCAUCAUUAGAGGUGAAAAAACUAUCACUACUUUUGGUGCGGAAAUUGAUAGUAUGAAAAAAUUUGAAGUGAAGAUGUUCGAGGAA